AACUCCAUCAUAUGGCUUCACCUAAUGGUAUGGGAAGCUAGGACACAUAGUCUAGCUUUUUGCCUGGGAAGAAGAGGAAAAUGUAUUUGGACAAACAACCAGCAAUCUCUUUCUAUUUUCUGGAAGAGCUUGUAUAAGAUAAGAAAUACUUGAAUCAUGGGUUUUUUAAAUCCCUUAACCUAUUUUCUGGCUGCUGGUGCUGUUACUUUGGGAAUUGGUUUCUUUGCUUUGGCAUCAGCUUUGUGGUUCCUGAUUUGCAAACGAAGAGAAAUAUUUCAAAAUUCCAAAUUUAAAGCAACUGAUGAGAGAUGCAGGCAAAGAUCAUCAAAGGCAAAGAUUAAAUCUCAUUCUCAGUGUGUUUUUAUUUCUCGAAACUUUCAUACUGGAGGAUACCAAUUACAGGAGGAACAAAGAAAAAAGGAAACAGCAUGUAUAAAAGCAAAUAGAGAUCACUCUAAAGAUGAAUUCUGCCUUGCAACAAAAAAGAUCAUUUGUGACCCUUCAGAGACUAGCUCGACAACACAUCCCAGCAGUGUUACUUUAAGCUUAUCGACACUACAAUCUGAUUCUCAUUACAGCCAAAGUAUAGACGCAGCUGAUGACUGGUUUUCUGACGAUACUCUAGCAAAAAAGAGCUCUCCAAUGCCUUUUCUCAGAGAACCUCUAAUGGAAAAAGUAUUUCCAUACCUGUCAACAAUUUCAUUAGAAGAAUGUACUGAAAAUGUACUGAAUAUGACACUUUAUGAUGAUCAGAAAGAUGACAGCAUUAAGGAAAUAUUUUCACGAAGAAAUGCAGAAGUUGAAAUACAAAAAUUUCAACAUAAUAUUGAAUGACUUUUUUCUUUUGAAACUUUGUGUACACUGAAAUCAUGGAAAGUUAAAACCAAAUUACCAGCUUCUGAGUCUCUCAGAAUGUCCAUACUAAUAUUACUUUUCUUAUUCCUUGCCAUAUAGUGGUCCUACUUCCCUUGCUGAUUCUUAUUUCUAGAAAUAAUUACAGGAAGAAUUAGAGUGACAUCAUGAACAUUAAGCUUAACUCCUUGUAUCUCAUCAAAAGAUAUAACAAAUAAUACAAAUGUAUUUCAACAUGCAGGAAAAUAAGAAAUCUUCAGCACAAAUAGAGUUUUGAAUAAAACAUUCACAACAUUCCCUUA